GGUAGAACUCUGCUUUUCGAAAUAAAAUUACGGCGUCGACGGCGACUCACUGACAAGUGUUGGCGACUCGUCCGCAAACACAAACAAAAUAUGAUUUUAGGAUUAUACAUACAUUAUGUAUGUGAAUGUAGCAGUGUUGUGUUACUCUCUUCGAACAACAACGACUGGAAACAAACACCCUCGUCAUCCGUUUUAUUUGACUAAAAUCGCAACAGGAACCUGCGGUGUUCCUGCGUGCCGACUUUCCGCUGGUGACGAGCCUAGCAAGGGGAGAGGAGCGAGCGAAGAAGGCACAGCACGUUUGAUGAAGUAAAGUCAAGUUUAAGGCUGGUUGCUAAAGCGGCAACUCGGACGAAAGCGAGCAAGCAGAUAUCACCAGCAACUUGGAACCAUUCAUUCUCUCCCCUAGCGGUCUGUGUGAAAAAAACAUCUCCCCGGCCCUCAAGUCCCAUCAUAUCAUCCAGUGCCUCUUGAUUCAUCUUCAUCACUGCAAAAAAGAAAGAAAAAAAACAAUCAAGACCAGCAUAUACGGAUUUAUUGAUUUGAAGCUACACACUCUACCUGACACCAUCAUGGCCUCCAUCACCAAGUCGUCUGAGCCGGAGAUCGCGGACAACCACAGAGACACCUGGCUGGCACUACUUUCCGCGGCGGAAGCUUACUGCCAAAAGUCCGGCUGCGACCUGGCCAUCCUCACAGCGUGCAAGAAGUUCCGGCCCUCGGUUCCAGAAGGGGACGGGAAGAAGAAGAAGUGGGAGAGCGGCGGCGGCUUCCCGAGGGAGUGCGAGUUCUCCUACAGCAUUUGGGGCCAAAGCUUCCUGGCGGAGUCGGCGCGCCGCUACAUCGACGACAUCGGAGUCCUGCACUCCGCCACCUUGCUCACCGCGCAGAAGCACAUGCGCCAGGCGGCUGGGCAGGAGGGCGCCAAGCUGGUGGCUGACCCCGGACCCAGGGGGAACGUGACAGGCGACUGCUUGGUGGGCGGAGUCAGCCCCAGCAGCAGACUCUACUCUCAGAGCUACCCGUCCAUCUACAGCUCGCCAGACGCUCCCAGCCAGGGCAACAACGGCGAGCGUGAGCGGGAGAAGAGCGCCGUGGAGACCGCCAGGCAGGGGAGACAGCUGGCUGGCAUCGUGGACCUGGAGGAGGAGUGUGAGGACGAUGAAGAGGACGACGAGGAGGACGACGAGGAGGAGGACAUGGACGAGAAGCGACCGUACGGGAACGAAAGUGCAGGCGUCUUCUCCAUGGACGAGGACUCGCUGUCUCGUGACUGUGAACCCUUCUUCGAGUCGGACGGCGAGGAGGAGAGCACCGACGGUUCGUUGAGCGAGGAAGCUCCGCCCCCUUCGCGCUGCAUGGCCAUGGGUCACGCCAUGCACUCGUCCCGGCACGCCCAGGCCAUGGCGAUGGCCCGCUCGCUGCCCGUCUCAGUGCCGGUCUGGGGCUGUAGGGGAGGGCGAGCGGCGCCGGGAGAAGGUAACAGUGGAGAACGGGUGGGCUGCGCUGACCUGGAGCACAUCGCCGCUAGCAUGAAGGCUCUUCUGGCCCCGGGCGCCAACGACGGGACGGAGAUGUUCGGGGCGCUGCCUCGGCCCCGCGUCAACACGGGCGACUUCUCCCUCAAGCACUGAGGCCCGACGGCAGGAAGGAAGCAGCGAGGGGGGGAAAGGGAUUCGGAGCGAAAUCAGACGUGAGACGCGUACGCUACAAAACCCUCCAUCCAUCUCUCGCUAGCAAACGUCACACACUUCAAGGAGUAACGCAACACUAAAAAAAAACAAACAAAACAAAAAACCGUUGACAAACACGGCCCUUGCACAUUUCACUGCACGGACAGUACUACGCAGCAAACAUUGGGAAGCACGGCGCCCUGCAGGACAGUGCACGGAAGGAACGUAAACGUCAUCCAGGAAUACUUCUUGUGCUCCAUGCUAAUGCGCUAACACACAACACUAACAAACAACACUCCCAGACAACACUUUAUUAAAGACACUUUUACACAACACUAUGAAUAUAUAACACUAACCUAAAACUCACGUGCAAUUUGUUUUUUUGGGACACUUUAAAAUUUUUAAUCAUUUAAUUCAUUUUUUUGACUUUCAAAUUCAGGAUUUUAUUUUAUAGUCGGAUUUCUUACCAAAUUAUAGUUGUAAAAUAAAUACUUUAUCAUUAUCACACAAAAAAGA